AUGGCGUCGGCCGGGGGUGGAGCGGGACCUGCUGCCACUUUGUUCGACUACGUCGUCGUUGUAGCCGUCCAAGAUGGGGCGCCUUAUGUGAAGUGGUGUUUCCCGCCGGGACGCGAGAAGGACCCGCUCGUGGAAAACAUCAAACAGUUUUGCUUCCCCGACAUCGAGCAGUACCCCAAGAGCAAAGUCAAGGCGGAAACGUUUUCUUUUGUGCUCACCGAAGGCGAUGGCGCGAAACGGUGGGGCUACUGCCGGAGAAUGCUCGAGCCCGGCGAGGGCAAGCGCUACCCUCAGUGCUUCUGCAUCGUCAGCUUCAUCCCGUGCUUCAGUAUCUUCUCGACCAUCCUGUCGCACGUGAUCCAGCGCGGCGGCUACACCACACAUUCGCUGAACUACUGCAGCGUCCUCCUCGACGCCGUCUACCGCCAGCCGCUCCCGCCGCCCGGCGGAAGCUUCAACGUCACGGUCCGCUCCAUCGUCGACGCAAAGCCCGAGCACUUUUUCUUCACGCGACCCGAUGACUCCGACUCCAUGUUCGACUAUGUCAACUUCGAGCCGCUGCUGCACAUGCUGGACGCGAUCAACGUCAUCUCGGUGUUCACGUCGCUGCUGGUAGAGCGACGCGUGAUCUUCAUCGCCGAUGAACUUUCCGUCCUCUCCUCGUGCGUGCAGGCCGCCGUCGCCCUCCUCUAUCCCUUCUCCUGGCAGCAUGUGUACAUUCCGGUCCUGCCGUCGAGCCUGCUGACGUUUUGCUGUGCGCCGAUGCCGUUCGUGGUGGGCAUCCUUCGAUCUUCCGUCGCCGAGCUCAACAAACUCUCCGACGCCAUGGAGGAAGUCGCCAUCGUCGACAUCGACCGCAACAAAUUCCUCUCCGAUACGGCGUCGCACGACUUUGGGCUGUUGCCUGGAAACGUGGCCGCGCCGCUGCUCAAGGCCGUGGCGGGCGCGUGCAAGACUGUCAAGUCCAAAUAUUCGCUGAAGAACCGCAUGGCGGCGCUCAAGGACAAGAAGGCCCGCAGCAAUUCGGACGCCGACGGGGCCGAUGGCGGCGAGAAGGGCGGCGAGAAGGGCAGCGGCAACAAGAUGUCGCCCGAGGAGGCGCGCAACCUGGCCAACGCGUUCAUCGCCUUUUUCGUCGACCUCAUGGGCAACUACCGAUCGUUCAUCGUGGCGUCGCGCGACCCGGCGACCAAUCAGACGUCGCUCAAGUUUGACAAAGCCGCCUUUCUCGAUGACCAGCCGCCCGACGCCCGACGAUUAAUGGAGAUGUUCGUGGAGUCGCAAAUGUUCGAGGUGUUCGUACAGGAGCGGGCCAAGACACAACGACUUAACACCGGCCGAUUCGAGCAGCGGGUGACCAUGUACAUGCAAUCCCUCCCCCUGGACGACAUGAGCAGCAGCGACAAGCGAAAGGCUGUGAGCCGUUUCACGAUGUACGAAAACGGAGAGAUUUCGCGAGAGGAUAUCACCAAGAGUGUGAACCAGAUGCUCGAGAAUGACAAAAAAGCUGCCAUCGCUUCGGCAACGCCGUCCCUGGAUGGGUCGGGUGAUUCGUGGGCGCCAUCGAGCAUCCUCAUGGAGGGGACGCUGACCAAGCUGGGCGGACAUGCGACUAAGCUGAAGCUCAUCAACCGCGGCAACUGGCGCUCGCGGUGGUGUCAGCUCAGCCCCACUCACCUGGCCUACUUCAAAUGCCGAGGCGAUCCCCGGCCUGCCGGCGUGAUUGCACUCAAGGACGUCGUCUCGGUGUCCUUCACCGGCCAUAACGACCUCAUCAAGAAACCCAACUGCCUGGAGAUCCAAACGCCGGGCCGGGCGUACUACCUGCUGACUGAGUCCCUCGACGACGGCGACAAGUGGUCCAAGGCCAUCUCGCGCGCGCGCCAGACCCUCGCCUCCCAGUCCCACCACCAUCAGCCCGUCUUCGCUGCUGCCGGCGGCGCCCGAGCAUCGCCCUCCACCGGCCGCAGCCACCUCGGCCACCACGCCGCCACGUCAUCAUCGUCAUCGUCAUCAUCGGGCGUGGGCUCGUCCAGCGGUUCGAUCCCGGCGCGACCGGCGCGACGACCAACCCCGCCGCGUGGUCCGCCGGUCUCCUCCUCCCUCCCCGCCAUUCCCUCGCCUUCUCCCUCUGCGCCCACCACCACCAACGCGACCGCCCCUGCUGCGAAAUUUGCGCCGACGACGCCACCGCUGGUGCAGUCCAACAGCGAUCGCAGUAUCCGCACACGUCUCCAGGCAACGGCCGCGCCGUCGUCAUUGGCAUCGACGUCAGCAUCAGUGUUGACGUCAGCGUCGUCGUCGGCGUCAUCGGCGUCUGCGUCGGGUGGUGCGGGGCGACCCGUGCGGGCUCUGCCGGCGCGGCCGACCGCCACCUACGUCGCUGAGUCGCCGCUCCACAUCAGCGGCGGCGGCACCAUCCGGGCGCUCGACGACGCCCAAAUCGGAGGCUACCAUGCUGCCACCACGCGCAGCGGCGGCUCGCCCUAUUCGAGGCCGGUGGUCGCGGGCAACUUCACGAUGCGGCCGCAGAACCAGCGGGCCACCAUCCAAAACGCGCGCACCCAACACAAGACCAACUCAGACGACGUCUCGGCCAGCAAGGCCUCCUUCCUCUAUCGCGACUUGGGCGGAGCUACGGGGCAGCGGACGAUGCGAUCACCGUCGGCUGCAGAUGCGGGCGCGCCGCUGCCGCCACCGCCGCCAUCCACGUUCCCCAAUCCGUCUCGUACCGGCGGCGGCAGCGGGGCGGUGAUGCCGAAUCGCUUCCGGGCGGUGGAGCGGGCCGGGAGCGACGUCACGCCCGGACUCGCCAGGUCGGCGCUGAGCGCGAGCGAGAGCAGCGGCUCGUCGAUUGCUGCUGGGAACCGGGCAACGGUCGCGGCCAAGCCGGCCAGCCCCGGCAUCGAACGAACCUCCUCAUCGCCCUCCAUCACCAAACGAACCAUCAAGCAGGGCGCGGCGACGUUGGGGAGACGCACCGUGAACCCGGUGGCGGCGGCCUCGCGACCUGCGGCUGGUGGUUCUCCAGACUCGAUGAGCCGCACGUUGCAGCGCGGCACCGUGUUUGACAAGCCCACCGCCUCUGCAUCCACUUCCUCCUCGGGCGCCAACCCCGCCCCCAGCCGCAAUCACCUUGAAGUCAGUGCAGUAUUUUGA